GGGUUGCAAGAUAGCUCACACAACCUCUACAGUUUACGAUGCUUUUUGAUACAUGGACCACAUACCAUUUACCUCGAUUUACAUACGUGCAGAGGUCAACCAUGCUGUAAAUACAGUUUAGAAGAGCACCCCAAAUGACUCUGAAAACGACAGUAUACUUUCUCCGGAAGUCACUAUGCCAUGAUAUGCGGUGCAUAUCAGAGAACGUCCGCCGAUGCUGUUCAAAUCAACCAAACAAGCGAGAUCAUUCAUUUAAGAGAUCACCGUUCGUCCCACCUGCUGAUUCUAAACAUGAUUGGAUUGGCCCCCCGCACAGACUGUCAAACCUGCGGCCAAUCAUAUACCAAAUCCCUGAAAAUGAGACUGAAUUGGAGAAGCAGCUUAGAAUCUUGAGGCAAGAGACGGAAGAUUGGAACCAUGCAUUUUGGACUAAUCAAAAUAUCACCUUCAACAAGUCAAAGGAAGCCUUCAUCCUCUCACAACUGAAGGAGAAAGGAAUGACUGAGAAAGAUGAGAAAGGAAGAAAAAGGACUUUACAUAGCGAAGAAAUGGCAGUCUUUUACAAACAUUUCCUGGAUGAAAACUGCAUUAGGCAUAACAAUUACAAUAAGGAGUGGUACAGACGCAACUUCACCAUCACUUUGCUUAUGGGCAGGGUGGCGUUCCACAAACUCUGGAGAAUGUUUGCUGAGAAAGCAGGUUGAAAGAAAGGCAGCUCCACCAUAUGAUACUGAUAUGAUUAAAGGUUAUCUUC